CUGCAGUUUGUCUUUACUAUACAAUCUUUAAAAUUUUGAUUUUCCUUUUCUUCUACCCUUAUUUCUCCUAUCCUACCUCCAGGGAGCCCCUGGCGAAUUUAUUUUAAAAAAAAAAAAAUCCCUCUGGCUUCUCCAAAGAGAACCAAGAGGGCCGUCACCCUGGAGGGUCGGCCCCUGGAGUCCCAGAUGGUUUGCAAUCAGCCUCGCAGCAUUAAUUCCGCCAGUGGGCAGGAGCGGGGUGCGGUAUUUAGCCAACAAAACCAAAUAACUAGAGUCUCCAACAAACAAAGAAUGCAUGUCCCGAACAGUCCCUGCUGCCGAGGGUCCGCCACGCGCAGCUCGGUUGCAAUAUGUGCUUUUCUUCUAUCCGAAGGAUCCCUUUCAUACUGGGGAUCCUAGCGGAGUCUUCCAACUACAGUAUGACAGAUAUAAAUUCGGAACACACAUCGGGUGCUUAGCACUGCCCUGAUUAGCCACUGCGGCGGCUGCAUCCUGCCCAGCGGGUGACAGGAGCAUUUAGCGCCCCCAUCCCCUCGCUCCCGGUCGGUCCACGCAGAACUCCCUGCGGUCUCAAGCGCCGCUAGAAACUCAGUCACCGGCUGCCUAGGGUAACUCGAGGUCCAGCAUCCGGGACAUCGGAAAUCAGCUCGAGUCGCCAGACCGGAAGUUUGCCUUGGGCCCGCCCCAACUCCUCAUUGGGUGAAAUCACCGGAACCCGGCCAAACUUUGAUUUCCUAUUGGCCAAUACCAUGGGGCGGAACCUGACUUUCUCAGGACUCUUCAUUGGCUAAAAUCGGUGGCGUCUUUAUAAUCUUCCCCUUGGCUGGCUGGUAAGUGAGAACGCCCUUGCCCCGCCCCUCGGCCCAACCUACUUAUUUUAAAUAAAAAGUCAAGAACUGUGUGGUCUUUUAUCCCGAACUCCUUGGGGUUCCUCUUCCGGUGUCUGCUCCCCGGAGGCCUUCGAGUCUCGCAAAGCCUGAGGAUUUAGCGCGACGCGAGCAUUGAGGGAAGCCGGAACGAUUCUUUCGUGGAACCAUUGAGGCUAGGCUUCUGGGGGGCCUCGGGUGACGCACCCUCAGGGAUGGCGACGGAGACGGCCGUUGGGGGCUCGGAGGCCGCCAUGCCCGUGGACCUGUGUCGGGAGCGGACCUUGGUGUGCGUGGAGUACCCGGGCGGGGUGCGCGAUGUGGACAAGAUGCUGCAGACGCUGGGCGGCGAGGAAGGCGUCUCGCGAAUCUACGCAGACCCCACCAAGAGGCUGGAGCUGUACUUCCGGCCCAAGGAUCUAUACUGUCACCCCGUGUGUGCCAACCGCUUCAGUACCAGCAGCCUCCUGCUGCGGAUCCGGAAGAAGACAAGGAAGUGGAGAGGGGCUCCGGAGGCCAAGGCCCACCCCAAGGCCACGUAUGACAUGGAGAUCCUGGGUGUUGUCUCCACCAUUUUUAAAUUCCAGGGAAUGUCUGACUUCCAGUACCUGGCCAUCCACACAGGGCCAGGGGGCAAGCACAUGUCCUUGUAUGACAAAAUAGUCAUGUUCAAGCCUGAGAAGGAGGGCUUCUUCCAGCAGGAGCUGCCGCUCUACAUCCCCCCGCCCAUCUUCUCCCGCCUGGACACCCCAGUGGACUACUACUACCGGCCAGAGACACAGCACCGGGAAGGUUACAACAGCCCCGCCAUCUCCGGUGAGAACCUGAUCGGCCUGAGCAGGGCCCGGCGUCCCCACAAUGCCAUCUUUGUCAACUUCGAGGACAGCGAGGUGCCCAUGCAGCCGCUGGAGGCUGCUGCCCAGACGUGGAAGAAAGCCUGCACCAACCGCAUAGACCAGGAGGUGGAGGAGGAGCUCAGGAAGCUGUUUGAGAUCCGCCCCAUCUGGUCACGCAACGCUGUGAAGGCUAACAUCAGCGUCCAUCCCGACAAGCUGAAGAUCCUGCUUCCCUUCCUGGCCUAUUACAUGAUCACAGGCCCCUGGAGAAGCCUGUGGAUCCGAUUUGGCUACGACCCCCGCAAACACCCAGAGGCCAAGAUUUACCAGGUCCUUGACUUCCGAAUCCGUUGUGGAAUGAAAUACGGUUACCACGCCAGCGACAUGCCUGUCAAAGCCAAGCGCAGCACAUAUAACUACAGCCUCCCCAUCACUGUCAAGAAGACAUCCACCCAGCUCAUCAGCAUCCAUGACCUGAAGCAGGGCCUUGGCCCUUCGAUGACAGCCAGCCCCCAGAAACUGACCUCCAACAAGUACAAGCUCAAGGACUCGGUCUACAUCUUCCAGGAGGGUGCCCUGCCACCCUAUCGACAGAUGUUCUACCAGCUGUGCGACUUGAACGUGGAGGAGUUGCAGAAGAUCAUUCACCGCAAUGAUGGGGCAGAGCACUUGUGCACAGAACGGGACGGGUGGUGUCUCCCCAAGACCAGUGAUGACCUGAGGGACACUAUGUCCCUCAUGAUCCGGCAGACCAUCCGCUCCAAGAGGCCAGCUUCUCCGGCCCUGGGAUCCAGGCACCUGUCAUUGAAAAGGGCUCCCAAGGAACCCUCCAGCCUGUUGGAGGCCACAGCCUGCGCUGGGACACACGCGACCUUGUUUCCUCCUGGCCCAGCUCUCUUCUCCAGCCCAACCAAGGAUGACCAACCAAAAGAGCAGCUCAUGUUCGAGUCUGGGGAGGAGGAGGAAGAGGAGGAGGAGGAAGAGGAGGAGGAGGAGGAGGAGGUAGAGGAAGACUUCAAGCCCUCGGAUGGGAGUGAGAAUGAGAUGGAGACAGAGAUUCUGGACUAUGUCUGAGCAGGCGAGGCUGGAGUCCAGUGAGGGUGCCAGGAAGGCCCCGCCCUGGCCAGCUGUUUUGUUGAGCAUGGCCCAGAGGCCCUUUGAAGCAAAGCCGGAGUUCCAGCAGCGCAGGUCCUAGACCUGGCUGUGACCCGCCGCUCAGUUCUGCCCUCUGGCUGUAGAGACACCCCUAGCUCCCUGCCUCCACACCCAGCCUGGACCCCUCAGGCUGAGCCCUCGAGAGCCAGAGGCAGAGACGCUAUGGCUUGGGGCACAGCCAUUCCUCCUGGGUCUCAUGAUGCUGGUGGCAGAGAUGGCACCAGGAGCCGGUCCAUGGUCACCGAUUAAUUGCCAAAGACAGCCCUUGGUUCUGGGUCUGCCCAUUUGGGGUCACGCACAAAGUCCAGCCCAGCCAGAAUUGGCCUACUGAAUCAGCCUGGCACAGUCUUGUGGCUCGGCUCCCUGUGUGGGGCCACAGGGGAGCCCCUCCUGCCUCGGGGUUCCCUCCGCACCUCUGCAGCUGGGUGAGCAAAGGGCCCUAGGAGUGACCCAGCCCACACUCACUGCUAAGUCCCCAGAGGGACACAUUCAGGUGUUCCCUGGAAAUAGCCCCCUCCUGAGCCCACUUCCUAUAGCACACUGAGCCACAGGUGGGCGUUAGCUUGCUUCCCUGCGGGGCCCUAAGUACCCUCAGGAGCUUAGUAUACAAAAUAAAGCUCAGUAAUUACUAAGCUCAAAGCCAAGGGCCUCCUGCUAGCUGGGUUCCUGGGCAUGCCCUGUGAGCAUCUGAGGAAGGUGCUGAGGCAGGGCUGUCCUGUCCCCCUGCGACAAGGCCUUACACCCUGGCGCCCAGGGCAGCCCCACAAGGCCUGCCAGCCUGGUCGGCCUUCCUGAGGACUAACCGGAAUGUAAAAAGGACAGUGAUUCCUCCUCUAGAAAGCCCCCUUGUCAGUAAAAGCUUUUUUGUUACAAAAAAUCAACAUUCAAGUCCUGAGUGUUCUUAUGAGGCCCAUAUAGCCAGCUGGCUCCGGUAGUUACUGGGUUUUGCCAGGCUUGUGCCAUGUCUUUCCCCAGGUUUUUAUUUUUGUUUUCUGUUUGUUUUGCUGGACUUGCUCUAGAAAAGCCCCACAUCACCGUGUCUCCAGGACCUCUGAGGUUCCCAUUUGAACAACAAUGCCGUCACUGCCCUUGUUCCAGUCAGGUUCUCCAGAGAACAGCUGUGGUGUGAGCUUGUGCGCAGGUGGUGGGGUUUAUCGUGAGGAACCGGCUCACAUCGCUGUGGAGGUGCAGGUCCCAGGUCUGCGGCAGCCUCUGGGGACCCUUCCCGCACUGUGGUUGGUCCUCCGCGGGCCCGUGGCUGUGCCGUGAAACCCACCAAGCAGAAGACCAGUGGCUUUAUCAGUGUAUCGUUUCCGUUUGAGCUUUAGCCCCCACACCUCCACAGACCACAGAUCUGAUGCUGGUCCAGCCAGCUGAACACAAGUCGGCCAUGGCCACACAAGAGGAUCCUCAGCAAUUCCAUAGGAUCUGAUCCUGUCACAUGCUCAUGUUUCCUUGAUGGUCUCAGGACUGUCUGUACUUCUGGAGCGGGAGUCAAACACUGGGCUCCUUGGCCCUGGCUUUCCCUCCAGGGGACAGGCGGCACAGAGGCUCUGCCCAAAGCCCGGCGCAGUAGGUGCCAGGCUCUCGGAUGCCAGAACGGUGAGCACAAUAGACCUCUUCUUGGUGAAUUUCCCAGUCUCGGGUAUUCUGUUACGGGGGUGACAACGGAGCAAGACUGAAGGCCGUCCAGCCUGGGGAAAGUCCACACUCUGGGUUCAGCUGGCUGCUUCCUCGCUGUGGCAUCCAAUACCCAUCUUUCUCCCCAUUU